AUGGCUCCUGGGCGAGCGCGCAAGCGGGCGAAGGGCACCACCACCACCGACACCGAGCUGUCGGCCGCCGCCCACCUCGACUCGGCGUCCGACUACUCGCAGCCGUCCCUCGCCUCGGUCGACUCGACCCUGCGCUGCCCAAUCUGCACAGAGCUCUUCGCCGCGCCCGUCAUCCUCACGACGUGCUCGCACUCGUUCGACUCGCGGUGCCUGCGCGAGUACCUCGUCGGCCACAAGCGGUGCCCGUCGUGCCUCCGCGAGUGCAGCGAGGACAACAUCCGCCUCAACCUCGCGCUCCAAGCCACCGUCGCCGCGGCUGCCCUCCUCCACCUCCAGUCGCUCGCCGCGCCUUCCUCCCCUUCUCCUGCCGCCCGUCCUUCUCCGCCGUCAGCAGCUCGCACACCCGGCAGCUUCGUCUCGGGCAAGCGCAAAGCUUCGGCCCUCACCUCCUCGUCGUCGUCGCCCGCCGUCAAGAGCGAGCCGCACGAACCCGCCGCGCUUGUCCUCGUCGACGACGGCAGCUCGGACGUCGAGAUCAUCGACGAGGGCACGGUGCCCUCGUCGACGGCGCGCAGGGCGCCGUCGAGGAAGAAGGCGAGGGGAGCGGGCGGGCGCGAGGCGAGAGGAGCGAGAGGAGGAGGACCGGGCAAGGGCAAAGGGCGGGCAAAGCUCGAGGAGGCGGACCCGACAGACCCGUCGCUCAUCCUCGAGUGCCCUCUCUGCGGCGGGUCGAUCAAGAACGCCCUCAUGGCCCUGCACGUCGAGCGCUGCAACGGCGUGCCGCCGCCGGCGACUGCGACGACGAGUGCCGCCUGGGGCAAGCUGCUCGGCGCAACUGGACGCAGCACCGGGGCGAGAGACGGCGACAGCGACUCGUCGACCUCGAACGUGCGCGAGGGCAGCAAGCUCGACACGACGCGGCCCUUGCCGCUCGCGAGCUACGCCCGCAAGUCGGUCCAGGAGCUCAACGACAUGCUCAAGGCCUACGACCUCCCGACGGCCUUGCCCUCUUCCUCGUCCUCGCGCGACACGUCCACCCUCUCGACCGACGCCAAGCUCGCCCUCCUCGUCCGCCGUCACCGCCACUUCCUCGUCCUGUGGAACGCCAACGCCGACCUCGCCCCCGAGGACCCGGCGCACAAGAGCGCGCAGGGCGUGCGCGACGAGCUGCGCAGGUGGGAGAGGACGCAGGGGGCGGCGACGAGUGGAGCCGGGGCGGGUGGCGGCGGGAGCGCGCAGGGAGGGAUGGGCGAGUGGAGCGCCAAGGCUCACCUGAAGCAGUACGCCGACGACUUUCGCGAGCUCGUUUCGCAGGCGAGGGCAUCGGCGCUUGCGGCACGCCAACCUCGGCAGGAGGACGAGUCGGCACAGGAGCAAGGCGACAAGAUGCAGGUGGACGAGGACGAGGGGGCGCGAGCGCAGGCGGCGGCCGAGCCCGCCGCGGCCUCGAUCACGACCGGCGCGAGUACGGCGCCAGGAGCUGGCGGCGCAGGAGCGGCUGCACCCCGUCGCACCGUCCGCAUCCUCUCUCCUCCACCGCGCUCGUCCCCCUCGCCAGCCGCCUCCCCUUCUCCCCGCCCGCGCACCUCGUCUUCCUCCUCGCCCCCACCGCCCAUUCCGCUCUCUCACGACUUUGACUCGCCGACCGCACGACCGUCGACGGCACGCCUGAGCAGGACGGCGUCGCGCUCGCCGUCGCGGUCGUCGUCGCCGUUCGACGCCGAGCGCCCGCCUCGGGCGAGCCAGCGCAACCGCGAGGAGGAGCGCAUGUUUGCCGAGAUGGAUGCGGCGAGGGAGGAGGCCGAGGCGAGGGCUGCGGCGGCGGGAGGAGAGCUCGAAGGAGGGCCCAAGAACGAGGACGAGGGAGAGGGGGCGAGGUCGAUGGCCUGA